UUAGUUUCCCAAAUAAAACUAUUUAGUUACAUCCAAAUUCCUGUAAAGCAUUACCAUCAUAAAAAUCUGAAAAAUGUCGCAUGUGAAUAAGCAAAAUUUCACCAAGGUCUGGGAUCUUGGAAAGUGGGAAUCGCGGGAUAUAAAGCAUUACAGCUCCAUAUCGCGAAUCCAAAAACAACUGCGUCUCGGAAACUGGGAAUAUCUCUGUCAGCAUCCAGAGAUACGGGCCAUAAUUCGUGUUAUCCUUCAUCAGGCUCUCAAUGGAAAACCGAAGCCGGAAAAUCUGCGAAAAUUUGUGGCUGAUUUGUUCAACUGCGCACAGAAUCCGCUGCUAGUGCCUAUGAUCAACACCCAGCUAAAAUACGUUAAGAACGAAUUGAAACGUGGCCGCUGGAGUCAGUUCGACGCCGAGAUGCUCUUCAUGGAGAGUCCAUCGACGCACUCGCUCCUCUCGACGGCCUCCGAGGAUAGCAAUGUCCAUCCGGUUCUCACAUAUGCGCUGGUCUUCAAGAAACCCGAUGAGUGCGGCAUUGACAAGCCGCCGUUUUAGCACCAAAAUUACAUUUUUGUAUUAAAGUCCAAAGCCCA